GCAGGAGGAGGCGUUUCGCCGCAUCAUUUCGAAUUCGUUCACGCGGAAACGAAAACUAGGAAUAAUUUUUGAAUCGUUGACAAAGAUUCGCCCCCUCCGAUCACAAAGAACACCGUAACACCCUCUACAGAGUGAACUAGUAAUCACGACGCACGCGCGCAUAUUCGUCGAAUAGUUCGCACGUUUCUAACGUUUCGGUGAUAUCGACUUUUCGCUGCGAAUUUAUUCGACUGCUGGAACUACGAAUACACAUUUGAAACGCCAUCGUUCUCUGAACUGGACACAACAAUCGAACAACCACCGAGUCUACGAUUUUGGGAACUUUUGCUCGAACGUACCGCGUGAAGUGACUUCGGCAUGCACGACGUGAAGACAACGGUAUUCGACAGCAUUUACUCGUGGUAUGCGUAAGCGGUUCCGGAAAUUACUGGACGAAAGGGAUAACAGAAGUCUUACACGUGCAAGGAGAAUUGUUUAAAAAAAAAACCGUAUUCGAAAUUGUCGUCGAGUAAGAAAUUCGGGACCACGCCUACGGUAGACAACGAUGAGCUCGUGAGCGUCGAUUGAGGUUAGCUUGCGUCCACGAACGAUCGUCGUGAUUUAAGUGCGUGGCGGAGUGACGAUUUUAUUUGUAUACACUGUACGUACGUGGGUGCGUGUUCCGGAGGAGUGUCAGCUCGAAGAGUGGAAUAAUGUCAAGCAGUAUUUGCUACGCGCCCCUACCAGCACGAAUGGAAGCGUUCACCGCGCGGCUCUGUCUCCGUGCUGCUGACCAAUAUGAGCGGCUUCUGCAAGCUCACUUCAACAAGAUUUCUUUGGUUCCAGCCUUCGAAGAAGGAACAGACGCGACUGAACCAUAAUGCCAAUCAGAAGGAUCACCGAAGGCAGAAAGAUGCUUCGUCGGGCAGCACCUAUAGCGCCUUUCGUCAAUGGCGGAGGAACGCUUCUGUGGGCACGAAUCGGUCCAACAGCGUUGGGUCCAGCUCGACCCGGGCUGUCGCCAAGCUUCCCCAUGAUUCAGCGACGCUACAGAAAAUGGAACAAUUCCCUCUGGUUCUCUCCGAUGCUACCAUGCCGGAAGAGGACCUCUCGUUGAAGUUCCUAGCGCUGAAUGCUUUGGAUCUGACUGCGCCAGCCAGCGACGUUCUAUUGAAGAACAGAUUAAAAUCUUGGUUCCAAUUGUCGGGCCAUCCGGAUGGCUUUGCGCCAGCCGGACCCGGCACAGUUUGGAAAAGAAAAAUGGGAGGAUCGGAGAAUACAGAGAGGAUCGUUUACGAGGCGCUGAGCAAAGACAAGGAAUUACGUGACUGCAUACCAAGAUACUACCGAGAAGUGGAGUACAAAGGCGACACGUUCAUAGAACUGCAGGAUCUGCUGUUUGGCUUCAACGAUCCGCACGUAAUGGACAUCAAGAUGGGCACAAGAACGUUCCUCGAGUCCGAGGUGUCGAAGACGAUCGCGAGAUCGGAUCUUUAUCAGAAGAUGAUCGCCGUCGAUCCCGACGCGCCCACGAAGCAAGAACACGAGCAACGUGCCGUGACUAAGUUACGGUACAUGCAGUUCCGUGAGCAACAGAGCUCGACGCGUAGCCACGGAUUCCGAAUCGAGGCUAUGAAAUUACCUGGAGCGCCGCCCAUUACCGAUCUGAAGAAAGUGAAGUCUCACCAGGAAGUACUCGACACCAUGAAGCUCUUUCUAGGGGCGCGCGAGGCCACGCGAGAAAAGCUGCUCGUGCGCUUGAAGAGUCUUCGUUCGAAAAUCGAAGCGUCGGAGUACUUUAAAAGUCACGAGAUUAUCGGUAGCAGUAUCUUUAUGAUCUACGACGACGACAAGGUUGGCGUGUGGUUGAUCGACUUCGCUAAAACACAGAAAUUGCCGAGCGGGCAAAGAGUGACGCACAGAAAGCCCUGGGAGCAAGGCAACCACGAAGAAGGUUUUCUAUUUGGUCUCGAUGUUCUUAUCUCGACGAUGGAGGAAACUGCCCUCUCGAAGGCGGCGUAGUCUUUGUCACUCGUUAAUAUCCCCGUUCUGGUAUCAUCGUAAUAACUUUCAAAGUUAAUCAUCAUUAUUCACGUUUAUAAAUUAGCCAAUGGAUAUUCAAUUUUCGCUUAAAAAUGUACCUUUAUUCAUUUUACAAAUAGUUUUUUUUUUAACACGAUUUAUAAUAUACCUAAGACUUUGUAAUACUGACAAUUUAAUUAAUGAUCGCUCUAUCGUCGGUUCAGUGUUUUUCAAAUGCCUUUUUCGUUCUUCCUGCGAAUUCAAAGUACGAGACUGUAAACGGUAUAAAAAUGAUUUAAAAUACUUUGAAACAACUUGAAACAAUUUGACAAACACUGACGGAUAAGGUAUUCAAAGCGAAAGACUGCUUAUUACUGCAUUUUUUCUAUAAGCCUUUUCAAUCGAGGAAGUUUCGCAAACGGUACUCCCGUCACAUAUUUAGUAUAUGUACAAAAUUUAUUAUUAAUGUACAAAUAUAGUUAAUUAAAUGUAACCGUUUAAAAAUUAUUUAUGAAGAACAGUUAGACUAUAAAAUGUACACGUUUCUUAAACGAAAUACUCGGUACCAGAAACAAUUUCGAUUUAAACGUUAAAUAUAUUCGUAUCUCUGUAUUAAAUUAUUUUCUUCUGUAACUGCCGCAAAUUUCAUUCCGAAGAAAAAUAUUUGUAAUAAAAACCAUUUAUAGACUAUAUACAAGUCUAUUUAAUGGCGAUUUCUGUAAUCUUCGCUGCAACUAUCAAUAUAAUUCGAACGAAUAUCCGUUUGCUGCGUUAAAAGUAACUACUAUACAGAAUAAACAAACUAUUACAAAUAUUUAAUAAUUAUGUGAAAACAAUUACAUAACGAUGUAUACAAUUUUUUAAGAACUGUUAAAUAAUCAGAGCUAUUCGAAAAGUAAUUCGUAUUUAUAUUCUCCGCGUUGUUCGUUUCCCGCUGAUAUUAUAUUUGCA